CAGACAGACACGAAACGUCACGCUCACGCCAUUUCUCGUACAUUUUGUAAACUGCGUUUAUUCGGUAUCGGAAAGUUAUUAUUUAACUCCUUUUAUUUUAAAACGGAAUUUAAAUCGUAUUAUAAUGAGUUCUUCAACCGCCCUAUUCGCGUGUUCUCGCUGUUUUGCCCGUUUUCCUUUUGAGGACCUUUCAGCUGGUCAACAGCUUUGCAAAGAGUGUCGUGGCGCGUUCCCAGUAGUAAAAUGCACAUAUUGUCGCUCCGAAUUUCAACAGACUUCUAAGGGUAAUACUAGCACGAUUUGCAAAAAGUGUGAACAGAAUGUUAAAUCAUAUGGGAAACCUUCGGCCUGCGAGUACUGUAACAUUAUAGCAGCAUUUAUAGGGAAUAAAUGUCAGAGGUGCACCAAUUCCGAAAUCAAAUACGGACCUCCCGUUAAUUGCGAGCAGUGCAAACAAAAGUGCGCCUUUGAUCGACAAGAUGACGAUAAAAAGGUGGAUGGCAAACUGCUCUGCUGGCUGUGUACUCUGUCGUUCAAACGGGCGUUGGCCAAGACAAAACAAGGAGACGCGGACAGGAGGGCUCAUCUGAAAUUAUCUUCGAUGCAUAAAAAGCACAAGGAAGCAAAAUUAAGAGGUCACAACAAAAGGCCGAACCGACCAGAUGUCACAAAAAUGCCGAUACCUGACGAACAGCCUCCAAAUAAAGUCGCAAGGAAUAACGUCGCCCCCGGAAUGGUUAGGGGUGACGUGGACCCGAAUAGUUCGGAUCACGUGGUGGCUAUGACACAACUCAAGGAGCAGAUCGCCAGCCUUAAGAAACAAAUUGCUCAGAAGGACGCUCAGAUGCUUGUGAAAGAUAAAACGAUAACUGAAUUAAAAGCAAAACACUUCACCACUGAAGCUGAGCUAAGAAAUAAAAUGAAAAAUAGCCAAAAAGAACAUGACGACAAGGUAGGAACUUUAAAUAACAGGAUAUCGGGCCUAUUAAAACAGGUGGCGACCCUGUCAAAAGGUAACAGUAAAAAGUCAUCAACGAAAGAAAAACCCGCUCCGAUUGUGGCAGCUGCGACAACGAACCAAGAGGAAGAAAAAAUAUCAACGGCUAAUAAUUCGGCUGUUAAUUCAGAUGCGAAUAAUAGCAGUGGAACUGAUAGUCCAAGUUUACAAUAAGUCAAAUUAGUUACUUUUUAAUUGAAUUUUUAAAGUAGUGACAAUAUAUUUCUUUUAUAUUUUUUUUUUUGUAUUUAUAUUAAGUAUCUAAUUUUAUUUAUAAUAGGAUUUUGAUAUUUUAAUUGAUCAAUUUAUUGAAAUUUGAUUUACAAAAAAAUAUGCGCCUGUUAUAUUGUAAAAAGGAGAAGUUUUAGCACAAGCCUAUAAAACAAAUGUAAUUAUGAAAAUGGGAUGUUUUCUUUUGUAUUAGGACUUUAUAUUUAGUAAAAUAUGUAUUAAUUUAUUUUCGAUGUCGAUUUACUUUUGACUCUUAUUGCUUGUGACCAGAAGAAAUUGUUUUAUCAAUUGUUUGUUUACUGUAUCAUUAUACAGUUGCACCCUAGUAUAGACUUAAUUUAAAUAAAUUAUUUUUGUAACAUAAUUUAGUUCUGUAAUAAAUAAAACGAAACUAAGUUUAA